UGCAGUCAUACUCCAUUCCAGCAGGUGGCAGUAACGUGUAGGGUAUUUUGCGAAGAAAUGUAAUCACUGACAGGAAGUUUUUUUGCCGCGGAGCCGCGGCCGGAGUUUGUCGGAGACCUGCAAAGGAGUGAGGUUAUAACUCUGGAUGGAAUUAUCGUUUGUCCUUCGGGAAGAUGGAUCUCGGACGGCCCUUUGCUGAACCCCACCUGAUGGACCUGAGCAUGGUGGAGACAAAAGAUAUAAAAGAGGAGGACUAUGGUGGUCAUAUGAUUCCAUGCGAAGAUGAAGAUGAACAAGACGAAGAAGAAAAGCCCUUUGCAGAGUUCAGCUGUAAAACUGAAACGGACGACGCAGAAUACAACAUUACUUACAGCGAGCCACUACAGACAACAGCGGAGAUUGAUGUGAAGAUCGAAGACGAGGAUGAGCAUCUACAAGAGUCCGAUUUUCUACAAGAGCGUGUAUCUGAACUCUCACAAAUCACAGAAAACAAGAUCCACGGACAGAGUGAUGAACUCCACCUGCAACAAAAAGCUUUUGCACUACCUUCUAAUCGUAAAACUCGCGUGUUAACGCACACUGAAGAGACGCCUCAUAAAUGUGUCCAGUGUGGAAAGGGAUUCACAAGAUCCGCAAGUCUUAAACAUCACAUGCGGCUACACACCGGAGAGAAGCCUCAUAAAUGUGUCCAGUGUGGAAAGGGAUUCACAAGAUCCACAAGUCUUAAACAUCACAUGCGGCUACACACCGGAGAGAAGCCCCAUAAAUGUGUCCAGUGUGGCAAAGCUUUUACACAAAUGUCACAUCUUAAAAGCCACAUGCGAAUACACACGGGAGAGAAGCCUCAUCAACGUCAUAAAUGUCAUAAAUGUGCCCAGUGUGGAAAAGCUUUUUCGGCCCUUUCAAAUCUUAAAAAACAUAUUCUAACACACACUGGAGAAACGCCUCGUACACACACUGGAGAGACGCCGCAUAUAUGUGUCCAGUGUGGAAAGGGAUUCACAAGAUCCACAGGUCUUAAACGUCACAUGCCAAUACACACUGGAGAGAAGCCUCAUAUAUGCGCCCAGUGUGGAAAAGCGUUUUCACUAGACGUAUGUCUUAAACGUCACAUGCACCGACACAGCGAAGAGAAGCCCCAUGAAUGUGCCCAGUGUGGAAAAGCUUAUUCGCUCCGUUCAAGUCUUAAGAAACAUAUUCUAACACACACUGGAGAGAAGCCUCAUAAAUGUGUUGUUGGUAAUCCUGUCUUUAGAUAUAACUACUUAUUAAUUUAGGCUGGCAAACUCAAGAAAACUUAGGAAUCGGGUUUUAUUCUUACAAGCAGAGAGGGUAAAAAUGAGCUUUAGUCUGAGGAGGCCAUGGCCUUUGGAUUGGACCAAAGACCAUGGCCUCAGCAUGUCCUCUCUCUUUCAAUCUUUUCAAUCUCUCUUUCUGACCAACACUGCUAUUUCAACACACUUGUAUGAGUAUGAACAAAGGGAAUAGGGUGCCAAAAACAAGGCAAUGUCAUUGGUUCACUUAGAUGGCUUCAGUCAACCCACUCACACCUAGUCACACCUAGUCACACCGUCUCAGAUAUCAGGGGGAUAUCAUAUAUAUAUAUAUAUCAGAAACAUCACUUAUAGAAUAUUCCAAACAUUCUUACACUGGAAUCAUUACAAUCCUUACACUGAGACUAUCAUAAUGAUACCAGACAUGAAUACAUUUACAUUUCAUGAAAUAUAGAUAUAUUACAUCAAGGUAGAAUCCUUUGUCUUAGUGUGAGUUGGUUGAAGUUUCACAUUACAAAGAAUGGCAUGUUGGCGAUUAGCAUUUCACAGGGGGAGGGGUAAGUGUUUUUUUUGUAUUUUUGUAUUUUUUCUUUGUUUAUUUAACGUGGGCAAUGUGUAUAACUCAACCACAGUGUAUAACUCAGCCAGAUUAUAGGUUAAUUUGUGUCUGUUGUCCCUAGGCUGGAGGUGAUGUUAUGAAUGCUAGCAUAUUCUUGAUAGAAGCCAUUUAUAUCGGAGAGUGCACUCUUAAUUUUACUGUUGAAUGAACUGAGUAGCACAUGAAAUAUGUUGUGAAACACACACAAGGAAAAAAAUACACAAGGUGUAAUAACAUCAAUGUUAGUGGAAAAUUUAAGCGAACAAUGUAAACGAGUGUUUUUUGUUGACUUGAUAAAAAAAAAGAUAUGUGAUUAGCCUGACAUGAUUAUUUUUGUUUGUGUUUGCCAAUAUAAUUUAAUUGAGUGUUAAUGAUACCCUAUGUUUUUUCACAGAAAAUAAAGAGAGGAAACAUUA